AUGCAGGGAGUUCUUUAUCCACCUACGAUUCCUGAUGACGUUGAAUUAUCUGAUGACUCUUCUAUUGCUGAAGCUGAUGAGGCCAUCACUGUGAAGAAGAAGCGCAAGGAGGGCUCUGUAUCUUCUGAUUUCAAAUCUAGUUUCAUUUUUGAUGAAGGAUUGGAUGGAGAAGUAAAGGAUGAAUUGGUGGCAGUGCGUCCGUACCUUAGAAAAAGUAUUAUCAGUACGCUUCAGGAAAAGAUUGAUAAAGAAAGAAAGAAGCUUUUCCAUCUUGAAUGCUCUGAUAAUGAUGACGAAAAUUUCAUGAUUGUGCAAGAGUUGGAAGAUGUAGCUGAUAGCGUUAGAGAUAAGGAAACACGGAAUAAAGACGGGAAGAAACAACAGCCGCAUCUUUUUGAUGAGGAAACUUCAGCACACGUGAUUGCUGCCAGCUCCUCCAGUCCUAUAAAAACCUUUGACCAACUUAGUCUUUCUCGCCCACUAUUGAAGGCUGUAACUUCGUGUGGUUUCACCGAACCGACGCUUAUACAGAGUGCAUGUAUUCCAGUAGCUUUGGAAGGUCGAGAUAUCUGCGCUUGCGCAGCUACAGGAACUGGGAAAACUGCAGCUUUUAUGCUUCCUAUACUUGAAAGGUUGUUAUACAAACCGCGAAAAAAGUCGGUUACACGUGUUUUAAUUUUGGUGCCAACCAGAGAACUUGCGAUACAGGUAUUACAAAAUUUAUAUUUGUUUUAUUGAUG